UUUGCAUUCAUGCAAAGCAUAAGAUAUUAUUCCAGAGCAUCUUUUUUUAGUUGGGCCUUGACUUUUUACAUCUGGGCAGGCACACCUCUCCUGGUCGUCCUUAUCACAGCAGGAAUAAGACCACAUGGCUAUGGAACAAGAGACAACUGCUGGCUCUCCAGGAACUAUGGGGUGAUAUGGAGCUACGCUGGACCCGUUGCAUUUGUUCUCACGGUAAACUUCGCCGUGCUCGUGUUCACCAUUCGCACCACGUGCCGCCUCUCGAAGCAGACGACGUCGAGAGCGCGUCUGGAAACCGCCAGACGCUGGAUUAGGACGACGGUGAUAAUGCUACCCCUCCUUGGACUCACCUGGCUCCCCGGUUUCCUGAUUCUCGACAGCAGGCCAGCCUCGUUAGUUGCGACGUACGCGUUUUGUAUCCUGAACACGUCACAGGCGAGUACCGUGAAACGGAAGCUGAGAUAA